AUUUUCUUGGAAUUCAACAUCAUCCCCCGCUAGGGUACCAGACUCCCUCGACCCGUGCCUUCAUAAACGAUCUGCCACCCAACAAUGCGCACUCUCAACUUCUUUGUUUCAAACAUCAUCUCAAGCUCUGGAUUUCUUCUGCGAAGCACCACGAGAGUCUACCCAAGCCAGGUUGCCUAAUGUCUUCACUCCUACACCUCCUGAAACUCCCGGUCGAGCUCCGACAACAAGUUUUCUGCACAAUCAUCUACUCGCGAUAUCCCAUCGAGAUCGGCAAGAAAAGCUCUGAUAUUCACAUUGUUCCAGAUAACAAAGAACGCACCUCAUCAAAGAGAGGCAAUUCGAAACGAUUCCAUAUUGUUGACCUGAAACCCGAAUUUGGUGGGCCAUUUGAGGCUCUUUCUCUCACCUGCAAGCAGCUGAGAAAUGAAAUCACGGAAUGGCUCCAAACGGAGCAGAAGAAUUGCAGCGAUAUAGUCCUCACAAAGGCUUUUGGGGUCUUACACGAAAAUCUCAUCAGCUUCCGCCUUAGUUUCACUCCAGGGGAACCGGCUUUCGGAGGCACACUCGAACAUAUCGGUGGUAUUGGGGGGGAGAUCUCCCAGCUUGAUGUGCACCAUCAGGCUGAAUUCUAUGGACUCUGGAGAGACGUAAUCGUUCAGGGAGGGACAAAUGACAUAUAUGACGCCACUAAGAGAAUUAAAUGGAGACUCCAGGAUCAUGGUUGGAGGGAGCGAGAAUGCCUGAGAGCUGUGUGGGACGGGUGUCCAGAUGCACGUCUCCAUACGAGAGGACAGCAAAUGGUGCCCAAUUUGGAGUGGGAGAAUUGGGAUAUCCUGGUGCCGGAUUCAUUUUUGACAACUGAGGCGAUUGGUGACGAGGGAGUAUUGGUGCUAGGUAAAAGGUGGUUUCAAGGCAAGGACCUAAACUAG